GUUUUAUGCCCUUGAAGUUUAAGAAUGUUAAGAGUUAGAUCUCUACAAAAAAAAGGUUUUUUACAAUUUCGACAGUCUCUGUUGUUUACAGUUCUUGAUUUAUUUGAUAGGAUAAAGCUUAACUGAGCUUUAUCUUUCUCUAUGGUAAAAAGAGAUCACCUUGUAAACACUUUAACAAUAACAACACAAAACAAAAGUUGCAAAGGCUGUGAACUUAUCAAUCUUUUAUGUUGGAAUAUUAAUCAUGGCUAAACGUAAAAAGUUUCCUAAGCUUAGAUCUCUACGAAGAAGGGUUUCGACAACCGUUUUCUGCUGUUUUCAGUUGUUGAUUUAUGGUGCAAAUUCUAGAUAAAGUUGUAAACACUAGGAUAAUUAAAUUAACCACUGUAGGCACAGUUCAAAGUUCUGAAUAAGAACACAGGACAAAAGUUGAAAAGGCUAUGAACUUAUUAAUAUCCUUUCAUAUGUUGGCUGAUAAGGAAUGAGGAAGAAAAAUAGUUAUAAACUAGAAAAAGUCUUAAAAAUCCAUGAUAUCAUCACAUUUUUAGAAGCAUGAGCAGAUGCCUGCACACAUCCUAGUUUUGUGUAUUUGGGGGUUGCUAUGCAACAGAGCAAUGCUGAACACCAUGCUGUGGUAUUGACUGCGUCAACUCAGUCAUGAUUUUUUUCAGUAGAGUUUGAGAUCUAUACAUAAUAUCAACUUUUCUCUUGUUUAUUUAAGGGUCACAUAAACUUGAGGGUCUCUUUUUCUGAAAAAAAAUCUUUGUUAGAUUCUCUGAAGUAUACUAAAUAAAUAAAACAAGACUAACAUAAAUAAAUAUCGCCCAAUUUAGCAAGAUCUGAUUAUAUUGCAAAUUAGAAACAUAUUUUCUGUAUCAGUUGUCUGUCAAGUACAACUCUAUACAAGACUUCAAAUCCCUCUUUUUAUGCAAAUAGUAUCCUAUUUUUGAAUAAAAACUGUUACACGUGUCAUUGUUUUGGGUAUUCUCUAGGGGGAUUGGGAGAAGAUAAUUUUAUAAUAAUAGGAUAAAGUAAAAGUUAUCAGCCAUGUAUUUGGGAUACCUGAAGCAUAAUCAAAGGGAAUUCUGGUGUUUUUUUAUGGGAGGGGGAGUUGAUGGGGACAUCUAUUUUAGAGUGGGAAAAAAUUCUGGCUCCGCCUUUAGGCAGUGCCUAAAUCUAUAUAUUAUACAUUUCUAAAACGUUUCUAUACCGAUUUAGCGCUAAGUUAUGUGCCAAGAUUUCAAACAGCAAACGUUUACUAUUUGGCGCCGACAUAAUGAACGUUGUCGACCGUGAGGACCACACAAGUGGAAGUCACGUUUGGAUCACGCGCUUCGAAGUCACGCUAGCUACAUUCAAUACAGUAACUGCGCUACAUCGCAACAUUUACGGAGAGUUUAAUAUAAACUGGACUCAAAUUGGACCACGGUGAUCCUAGAACCUAAAAUGUCUUAGAACCUAAACAGAACCGAAACAGAAUCUAAUAGCAAGGGGGGGUAAUUGUCAAAAAAAAAUUAGCCUUAAUCCGCUAAAUAGUGCAAAAAUCUCUGUAAAAAAUAUUUUGACGAAUUUCCAGUCGUACACUCUAAUUCUAUGCAGAAAAUAGGCAAUUUUUAUUUUUUUAAACAAUUAUCCCCCUUGAUAUAAGUUUCUGUUUAGUAUCUGAUUAGUAUCCAUUUAGUAUCUAAGUAAUUUUAAAAGUAUCUAGGAUCAACGCGGUGAUUAAAACAAGACGGAUAGUCUGAAAAAAAUGUCAACGAUUUAAAGCAAGGCGAUAGUUAGGAAAAUUUGUCAAAGACUGAAAUAAGAUGACUAAAAGUAUAUCUAUGAUAAACAUUAAUGUUAUACGACCCAUUUAAGUCAGACGGUGCUAGAGCCUAUGUACCCUAAUUCUGGUAAAAAAUGGAUUAACUGGAGAAAUAAAGUUAUUGCCGUGAUAAGCGACGCCCAUUUUUAAUUGUCAAUCUACAAUAUUCAAUUUAACCAUAGUUAAUAGAGGGACUAUCCUAUUAACUAUGAUUUAACUUAAAUAAAAAUAUAUGACGAUAUGACAGGACACGUACGUAAAAGUUAUCAGGCGCCCUUAAAUUCUAGCAACAGCCGAAUCAUUAGAAAUUUGAUAAACGAAGUGGUGUCUGAAGAUUUAAAUGUCAUAAAAAAUUGUUAAAUUGUAGACUGGAAUAGACAUGGUCCGAGUUUUGGCUGCCAUUCUGCUGGCGGCCUUUGCGUCAGUGUCGGAAGGAACUCUGUCCUUUCAGUACCGCGCUGACGGAAAAAGAGGAGGGAUAUUCAACAAGCUAUCGGCAUAUUGCGCUGAGACGAAUUUGGAAAAACGGUCCGUGCGACCCCAGUAUGGUGCGCCCAGCACUGCCUCGAGAACAUGGAUUGCGCCUCGUACAACGUAAGGAAUGCAGUCACGUGUGAGCUGAACAACGAAACCAUGGCAACCCAAAACGCAUCCUUGCAAAGCGACCCCGAGGGUGAUCACUACUUUCCUGCAGAGUUAGAGUACAAGUCGUGUCUGGACCACAUGAAGGCGGGCGCCACGGACUCGGGCAUCUACACCAUCACCUUUAGUAAUGGGGCGCGAGGCAAAGUCAUGUGCGACUUGACCUCUGAGCCUAACGCUGCUUGGACCCUAGUUCUCUCCUUUGCCUUCAAGAACAGACAUCUUGCAGAGUUUUGUAAGAAAUCCUGGCAAUUUGACGCCCCGAGACACAGCGACGAACCGAACUGGGACGACUACAGAAUUGAACUCGCUAAGAUGCAGCACCUCGUUAAACAGUCCACUCACUGGCGUGCUACCACAGGGCUACCAGUCUACGGCGUUGAUUACAGAGACUACAUUAGAGGGUUGUUGUCGAGACUAGACGUGUUAGCUGAUGUGGAAGGCUGCCGUGACGUUGAAUACGUGAAUGUGCGUGGUUACAGCGCCACCAACUCGUCCGUUUACGUUUGACAAGACGCCCAGAACAUUCCACUUCACAUUGACACCGAAUAUAGCUAUGCUCACUGCAGAUUCAAACACCCUAAUUACGUGACUAGUGAAAAUAUCUUUGGCUUGUACUGUAGCGACAGAGAGCGGAAUCCGAAAUUUCGCGGAAGUGAAGAUGAUGGCAGCACUACCCAGUGGUGGUUUGGCGGAUACUUGAACUAGCCCGCUAAAUAGCAAAGCAGUUACAUCAACUAGGCACCAAAUGAACUAGCAAACCAAACAACUAAAGCCAACACCCAACUAAAAUCCUCUCACAAGUACCAACGUGGACAAAUGGAAGGCGUUACUGUGGCUCUUUCCGUGCACGUUAUUGAUCCGAGAGGAAGCGAGGGACUUGGGACGAGACACAGGAAUCCUGAUCCCAAUGCCUUGGAUUGAAGAGAUUAGAACUAGAUAAGCAGCCAUGCACAGACAUGGCACACCAAACGCGUCUGGGUGCAUGGCCGAACCACAGUAGUUUUUUGUUGCUCUUUUGAAUUUACGUAGCACUAGCAGUAACAGGACUGAGAGAUUACGGGCGAAAACAAGAAUAACUCCAUAUGUCACAUCAUUUAAUAGUCAUAUUAAUAUAAACAUUUUGUCAUUGAUUAUUCUGCUCAUGCUUCAAAUAAGUGCCGGUAUUUAUAACCAAGUGCGGUUGGAUAGUUUACUCUAGAAUACAGUUCACAUAUUUUACAAUCUACUGUUGUUGAUGAAUAAAGGUAUUCUUACCUCAA